CUCUGUCACACUCCUUCCACUUUGAUCUACUAAAUCAGAUGUGAGAAAUCAAGCCUCUCUUCCAUGAAGCAGGUCUGCUAUCACUACUGCUACCUUUCCUGGAUUAGUCUGCAUGGAAAUCCCAAGUGUUAAAACAUCCAGCAGCGCUGAUGCUAGAUAGCUCUUGUCGCCAUGGCAAUGUUACUUCAUGCUAAGUGUUUGCAGCGCCUAGCAAUUCCUGGUCCUUUAAGAGUCUUGUAUAAAGAUUACAGAACAGCAACCCCUCAGAACUUUUCCAACUAUGAAUCCAUGAAACAGGACUUCAAACUAGAGAUUCCAGAGCAUUUCAAUUUUGCAAAAGAUGUCCUGGACCAAUGGAGCAGUGUGGAAAAGGCUGGAGGGAGACUUUCCAACCCAGCCUUCUGGUGGAUAGAUGGAAAUGGAGGAGAAGUGAGAUGGGGUUUUGAAGAACUCGGAUCUUUAUCCAGGAAAUUUGCCAACAUACUCACAGAAGCCUGUUCCUUGCAAAGGGGAGACCGAGUAAUGGUGAUUCUGCCCAAGAUCCCAGAGUGGUGGCUUGCAAAUGUGGCCUGUCUGCGAACAGGGACAGUUUUAAUUCCGGGAACCACUCAGCUGACCCAGAAAGACAUCCUCUACAGACUACAGUCUUCAAAAGCAAAGUGCAUUAUUACUGAUGAUGCGUUAGCCCCAGCAGUAGAUGCUGUGGCAGCUAAAUGUGAAAAUCUCACCUCCAAACUCAUUGUGUCUCAGCACUCCAGAGAAGGGUGGGGGAACCUCAAGGAGAUGAUGAGACAUGCCAGCGACAACCAUACCUGCGUGAACACAAGGCACAAUGAGAUGAUGGCCAUCUACUUCACCAGCGGGACAACGGGGCAUCCUAAGAUGAUCGGACACACCCACAGCAGUUUUGGUUUAGGAUUAUCUGUCAACGGAAGAUUCUGGCUGGAUUUGACAGACUCAGAUGUGAUGUGGAAUACGUCAGACACAGGUUGGGCAAAGUCUGCAUGGAGUAGUGUUUUUUCUCCAUGGAUCCAAGGAGCAUGUGUGUUUGCACACUAUUUGCCCCGUUUCGAGCCGACUUCCAUCUUGCAAACCCUCUCCAAGUUCCCCAUCACUGUCUUCUGUUCUGCGCCAACUGCCUACCGAAUGCUUGUACAGAAUGAUACAAUCAGAAGCUAUAAGUUCAAAAGCUUGAAGCACUGUGUGAGUGCUGGUGAACCAAUCAACCCUGAAGUGAUGGAACAAUGGAGAAGGAAGACAGGCCUAGACAUCUACGAAGGAUACGGACAGACAGAAACGGUGCUGAUCUGUGGAAAUUUCAAAGGGAUGAAAAUUAAGCCUGGCUCAAUGGGAAAGCCUUCUCCUGCCUUUGAUGUGAAGAUUUUAGAUGAAAAUGGUGCUAUUCUUCCUCCUGGAAAAGAAGGGGACAUUGGUGUUCAAGUUCUUCCUGAGCGACCAUUUGGCCUUUUUACUCAUUAUGUAGAUAAUCCUUCAAAAACAGCCUCAACUCUACGAGGGAAUUUUUACAUCACUGGGGACAGGGGCUAUAUGGAUGAAGAUGGCUAUUUCUGGUUUGUUGCCAGAUCAGACGAUGUUAUAUUAUCCUCUGGCUACCGAAUUGGACCAUUUGAAGUAGAAAGUGCCCUGAUAGAACAUCCUUCCGUCGCAGAAUCAGCUGUUGUCAGCAGCCCAGACCCUGUCAGAGGAGAGGUAGUAAAGGCUUUUAUUGUUCUGAAUCCUGAUUAUAAGUCACAUGAUCAAGAGCAACUGAAAAAGGAGAUUCAGGAGCACGUGAAAAAGACUACAGCGCCUUACAAAUACCCCAGAAAGGUGGAAUUCAUUGAAGAACUGCCAAAGACUGUCAGUGGGAAGGUCAAAAGAAAUGAACUGAGGAAAAAAGAAUGGAAAACUAUUUAAAUUCAUCCACUAAUUAUUCAGAUACUUAUAAACAAAUUCAGUGUCUACCGUCUGCAGGAACCACAGGUUAUAUGGGCAAAUUGCUUCUAAACUGAAUUUAAAGUACUUUUUAGUAAUGACGUUAGAGGCUGAAUUCUGAAAUCAAAUAGUGAAUCUUUCUGUGUUCACUUCAAUGUUUCUGCAAUUUGGCAACAUAAACAAAGGUCAUCAGGUGCUGAGAGGUUUUAAAACUAUUUUAGGGAAAGUUUCUAAAUCAAAUUUCUACUCCACUGGUUUUCAAAACUUAAUUGAAUAAUUCUAAUGUGUUAAUAUACAAAUCAGAACAAAUAUUAAAGCUCUUAAAAAAACUAAGUGACUUGUUUUUAGAAAAUUGUCAUAAUUCUUAGAAUAUUUACCUAAAAGUUGAAUAAGAAUUUUAUUAGUCAUAUUUUCACUCAAGUAAUUUAAAAAUAGCUUGAAAUUUGCUUCAAGGUCUAUAAGAGAAAGCUGUCAUGUGCUAUGGCUACUUAGUAAAUAAAUAUGGUUUAUAAAAGUA